AUGCCCUCCUUCGACGAGGCGCUGCAGAGGGCCGGCGAGUUCGGGCGCUUCCAGCGGCGCGUGUUCCUGCUGCUGUGCCUGACGGGCGUCACCUUCGCCUUCCUCUUCGUCGGCGUGGUCUUCCUGGGCAGCCAGCCCGACCGCUACUGGUGCCGCGGGCCGAGCGCCGCGGCUCUGGCCGAGCGCUGCGCCUGGAGCCCCGAGGAGGAGUGGAACCGCACGGCGCCCGCCCCCCGCGGCCCCGCGGCCCCCGACAGCCGCGGCGACGGCCGCUGCCAGCGCUACCUCCUGGAGGCGGCCAACGCCAGCGCCGCCACCGCCGCCGCCACCGCCACCGCCGCCGCCGCCGCCGCCACCGCCACCACCGCCACCGCCGCCGCCGCCGCCGCGGGCGCGCUCGGCUGCGCCGACCCGCUCGCCGCCUUCCCCAACCGCUCGGCGCCCCUGGUGCGGUGCCGCGGGGGCUGGCGCUACGCCCAGGCCCACUCCACCAUCGUCAGCGAGUUUGACCUCGUCUGUGGCAAUGCGUGGAUGCUGGACCUCACCCAAGCUGUGCUAAACCUCGGCUUCCUGGUCGGAGGGUUCACCUUAGGCUAUGCAGCGGACAGGUAUGGCAGAAUCGUCAUUUACUUAAUAUCCUGUUUCGGUGUUGGCAUCACUGGUGUUGUGGUGGCAUUUGCACCAAAUUUCUCUGUGUUUGUGAUCUUUCGCUUCCUACAAGGUGUGUUUGGAAAAGGGACAUGGAUGACUUGCUACGUCAUUGUGACAGAAAUAGUAGGUUCAAAACAAAGGAGGAUUGUGGGAAUAGUGAUUCAAAUGUUCUUCACCCUUGGAAUCAUAAUUCUCCCUGGAAUUGCCUACUUUAUCCCCAAUUGGCAAGGGAUGCAGCUGGCCAUAACGCUGCCCAACUUUCUCUUCCUCCUUUACUACUGGGUGGUUCCCGAAUCUCCCCGCUGGCUGAUUACUCGGAAGAAAGGAGACAAAGCAUUAAAAAUUCUGAGAAGCAUUGCUAAAUGCAAUGGGAAAUAUCUCUCACCGAAUUACUCAGAGAUCACUGCUACAGAUGAGGAAGUUAGUAAUCCAUCCUUUUUAGAUCUGGUGAGAACUCCCCAAAUGAGGAAGUGCACACUUAUCCUUAUGUUUGCAUGGUUCACAAGCGCAGUGGUAUACCAAGGACUCGUCAUGCGCCUGGGAAUUAUAGGAGGCAACCUCUACAUAGACUUUUUUAUCUCGGGAGUUGUGGAACUGCCAGGAGCCCUCUUGAUCUUACUUACCAUUGAGCGUGUCGGACGACGGCUUCCCUUCGCGGCAAGCAAUAUCGUGGCAGGGGUGGCAUGCCUGGUCACUGCAUUCGUACCAGAAGGAAUACCCUGGUUGAGGACCACAGUUGCAACUCUGGGAAGACUAGGGAUAACCAUGGCCUUUGAAAUUGUUUAUUUGGUAAAUUCAGAAUUGUACCCAACAACAUUACGAAACUUCGGAGUUUCACUCUGUUCAGGUUUGUGUGAUUUUGGGGGAAUCAUAGCCCCGUUUCUGCUCUUUCGGCUAGCAGCUGUGUGGCUAGAACUACCUCUAAUCAUCUUUGGUCUCCUGGCUUCCAUCUGUGGUGGCCUCGUGAUGCUUCUACCCGAAACCAAGGGCAUUGCCUUGCCAGAGACGGUGGAUGAUGUGGAAAAACUUGGCAGUCCACAUUCCUAUAAAUGUAGGAAGAAAAAGAAAACCCAGGUUUCCAGCUCUCACCUUUGAGGCCCCUGCCAAAGACAGAAGGAAGGAACUAUUCAGGACCAAUCCUCCUUGAAGCUGUGCCUUGCAGAGAUGUACGUGUCCACGUCAGCUACAUGAUGCUGUGCCAUUUUUAAUACUAUAUACAGACAUUCAAACUAUCCAGAGUAUUUUUAUAAUAAUGUUGGAUGAAUUAGGAUUUAUAGUGCUAUUGAAGUUUCUGGGAACACAUAAUAUGUGGCUGGUUUAGCAAUGAGCCUGUUAGGUGCAUAGUACUUGCUGAGGUUUUUUCUCGUGUUGGAGCAGUGAUCUCUGACCCCUUUGGUCCAAGAGAGACAAGAGAAGCCCCCUUCCUGAUUCUCAGGACAGCUCCAUCAAGAAUGCAGGAUGUGCAAACCAAGGAUUUGGGAAAGGUAUACAGGAAUGCAUUCAUCAAAUAUGAUCAGGGGAUUAAGUCUCUGAACUGAGUGUUCUCAAGUUUCCAUGGAGGAGGAUGAUUUGGGAAUCCUGGGAGUGAAGAGACUGAAUGCAAGGACCUGGGGCUGCACAGAGCUGAGACAUUGCUCUCUCUGCUCACCUGGAGUUCUGCAAGCCUCUGUAGAUG